ACUUUAGGAAGUGGCCUACCUAAUUUGACACUUCUUCAACUACACCCUUUGAAUUUUUCUCUCUUUACCUUCUUCAUCAACUCCGCUCUCUCUCUCCUGAUUUGGCUUUCUUCAAAAACUGAAAAAAGCAAAUCAAGAAAAGAGAGAAGAAGAAGAAUCCAUAGAUGUGUCCAUUAAGGAUUAUCCUCAUAUUCCUUUCGGCGACUCUCGCUGGCUUCUUCGUCCUCAAGAAGCUCAACUCUACCUCCGACGAUCCUCUCGACGAUUCCUUCACCGACGCUGCUGAACCCGCCGACGACUCAGCCUCUGGAUUCUCCAAGGUGGGAAUGGCACUGAAGUCUGGAUUUUGGACAUGCGUUGACAUGGCAAGUGGUCGCUAUCUCUGGAACCAUAUCCGCUCCGAUUCCAAAUGCUCUUCUUGAGUGUUUUUGUUACUCUAUCUCUAUCUCUCUGUCUCUAUUGUCUGUAACUGUGUAAUUUUGCUGCAAUGGACGGCAACCAAAACCGCAUAUUGUCUUUUGUACUAUAUUAUAGAUCUUGUCUUCUUCACUAUACUUAAAUCUCUCAAUAAAGUGGAAGUCUUUAA